CGUGGCUUCUCUCCGCUGCUAUGGCAGUGGACGGCUUUCUAACGUCGCCUGAGGAAAAGCAACGAACUUUUCCCCGUCUUUUUUAUCCUGGGGAAACAAAAGCGGACGAAAUUUGACAGCUUUACCGCUUUUUAUCACUUUUUACUCGAUUAUUCUGUAUUGUAACAGACCCAAGGCACGUUUCGUGUGUUAUUUGAGAACUUUUUUGGCCGUGUUUAUUCGGUAGUGUUAGGUUUGUCUGCUCUGAGACUCCUUGGUCCGUUUCAUAAUGUAGAGUCAGGCAGGGGUUCCUCAGGAUGAACGGGUCUCCUCAUUUAUUUGGGCCUCGGACCUUUUUCUAUAGGAUAUCAGCGUUCAAUGGCUGAGACACGAGUGAGGGGAGCCACGCAGCUGCUGUGAAGAGGACACAAGAAAGUAUGAGAAAGGCAGCUCCAUCAGUUGGAGCUUCGUCCCUUGGCGAAGCCUCUCUGUGUUACCCCUCAUACGGCCAUCAUGAUGUUGGCCUCGAAGCCCCAGGGGGACCCAUCUGCAGUUCCUUUCACCUGCAGAAGCUGAUGAAUCCUGUUCCUAGCUGUGGAGCCCAGAAGAAACCUGUCGUCUCCGAGGCUUGCUGUGAAAUGCGUGGACUCAAUGGACUUAAUGCCCAGCCCUGGUCCGGCUCUGUGAUUACUGAUGGACAGGCUAAGCCAUGCCCCACCAGGAUUGUGCGAGUAUUUCCCUCUCAACGCAAGUGUGGUAUGGCAGAGUCUGAACGUGCUCCUCUACGAGGCCCAACCAGUGGCCCGCAGGCCUGGCAUGGCCUCACAGGUCUGCGGGUCAUGGGCUCCUUUAAAAAGCUGCGCUCCUCAGUGCUCCAGGGCAUCCAGAACAGGAGCAGCACAAUGGGAGCCAGUCAGGAGAAAGAUGUCUCUGCAGUGACCAGUGAGGAUGGCAAUGGCUUUUUAGUUACCAGGCGAGAUGCUGGGCAGGUUGUUGGAAGCAGUCAAAGCAGGGAGGCACCAACAAAGGCAAAUGGGGUUUCUACAGCUGGACGGAAUCUCUUUGCUUCUGAUGAGGAGGAUGAUUAUGAGGAAGAUGGGGAAGGUCUACAGAGGAACUCACACUUCUCACGGAGUAUACGCAGGGCUUAUGGUACAGGACGUAUCUCCUUGUUAGAUAAUAAAUCAAAACAGUCGGGCAGCCUAAAUGCUCAAGAACGUGCUUCUCGCCAGCGUCCCUGCAGCUCUAUAGAACCUCUUGGGCCUAAUGCGACACUUGAUACUGAUGAGUAUGUGAAGGCCUUAAGCAGACUGAGUAAAAGUGCUGACAAUUUGCACAUCUUCAAGAGCCCAUUUAAACGCAAGGCCCCGUCAGCUCAGCCUCAAAGUCCCAAAAAUUUUGCCACUCCAAAUAUUCAAAGAGCAGCUAGCGCUUCCUCUGUGGACAUGCGGGAGCGCCAAACGGGUCGGCCCAAAAAUCCCAAUGGAGUUCGGGGACAAGUGCUAAAACUUGUAGGCAGUUUAACAGAUCUCUCAACCCAUCGUAAAACAAGCCCUAGACCCGCCCACAAGGCGUCGUUGUCAUCUCUCAGCCAGAUCCACGACGACUACUCCCGCAGGACUCCCUGCAUCCCUGCAAGCGAGCGUCAGCGCAGGCCUGCACCAGCACAAGCCAGGGUAUCCGACAAGCAGAAAGUACAGGCUGACGUUCAUAGACACUCCCCGGCCUUACAAAACGCUCCCUCUGUGCCUAACGUCUCGAGCCCCCUCUCUAGUUCCAAAGUGCAGCUCUCCUGUUCCUUCGAACAGCUCCCUGUGAUCUCAGUUUCUUAUUCAAAUAUGCCUCUUAGCCCCCUUGCAGGCGAUUGUGUGACUGUGGAGGAGCUGCAGAAUAUGAUAAUUGAGCCCCAUCAGUCUGAGCGUUGCGCAACCCUCAGUCAGGAGCAGACUAUGGACAACAUUAAAGUAAAUUUGGAGUGCAUCUGGAAGACUCCGGAGAGAGACUCUGAAAACCUAGAGGCAUGUUCAGAACCUACAGCUGCAGAAGAUCGUCUAAAGCUUAACAAUGAAAAAUGCAGCGACUGUGUCUUCGCUAGUCCUCCUGUCACACCCAACUGUUCUCCAAAGUCGCCUAUGGCAACCACGCCAACCUCAUCAGCCUCUGGCGGCGACACGCCCACCUCUUCUGUCCCCCGGAGGAGAGCAGGCAGGUCCAGACCUCGACCAAUCUCAGACUAUGGCCAGCUGAUAUGCAGGAAUUACUCUAUCCCUGAGGAGGAAGUGGAGCCCCUGGGGGAGAAGAUGGAUUACACUUCUCAAAUGGACUACAACAGCAAUGGUGGAUACACUGACAUGGACAGCCAAGAGAACGGCCAUGUGAACGGACAUGUGGAUAACAAGAGCAGGCGACCCAUCUCAGUUAUUGGAGGAGUGAGUCUUUUUGGCUCUCCCACUGAGAAGGAAGAUGAAGAUAAUCUGCCUUCUCCUGUUUCUCGGCCCCCUGUGCCCUCUCAUGGCGUCCCACCUUAUAGGGCAGUGUCUGCCCGUUUGCGACCCUGUGUCUUCUCCCAGAGCACCCCUACAGGUCUGGACAGGGUGGGCCGCCAGAAAUUACAUAGAAUUCUCAGUGAAGGGAGCUCAGAUGGCUGCACAGGACAGGAAGAAAGUGUAAGUGAAGAGGACGGCAGUUUUGAUGAGCUCACUGAAGGGACACCGUAUCUCCAACCAGAGAUUGAUUUGUCUACUCUCAACGAGUACAUCAUGUCGGGUCAUGCUGUGUACGCUGAGGCCUUGUGGGACCACGUCACGAUGGGCGAACAGGAGCUGGCCUUCAAGGCCGGGGAAGUCAUCCGGGUGCUGGAUGCCCAGGAGAAAGACUGGUGGUGGGGGAUGGUGGCCGAGCGCGAGGCCUGGUUCCCCUCCAGCUUUGUGCGAGUCCGUGUCAAUCAGGAGGACUCAGGCAGUGAGGGUGUGGAGAGUUCUUUGGAUCAGGUUGAGCCACUCUCUAAAGAGCCCCACAGCAAGAACUCCGAGCACAGAGAGCAGAUGAGGGCCAACGUCGUUCAGGAAAUCAUGAACACGGAGCGCGUCUACAUCAAACACCUCAGAGACAUCUGUGAGGGGUAUAUCCGUCAGUGCAGAAAACACCCAGGUAUGUUCACAGAAGCACAGCUUAAGACAAUCUUUAGCAACAUUGAAGAGAUCUACAAGUUCCAGCGAAAGUUCCUUAAGGACCUGGAAAAGAACUACGACAAAGAAAACCCUCAUCUGAGUGAGAUAGGGAUCUGCUUCCUUCAGCAGGGCGAAGGUUUCUCAAUAUACUCUGAGUACUGUAACACACAUCCAGCAGCGUGUGUGGAGCUGCAUCGUUUGAUGAAGCAAGGGAGGUAUAAGCACUUCUUUGAGGCGUGUCGCCUCCUGCAGCAAAUGAUCGACAUCUCCAUUGCUGGUUUUCUGCUUACACCUGUGCAGAAAAUAUGCAAAUACCCUCUUCAGCUGGGCGAGCUGCUCAAAUACACACCUAAGGACCACAGUGACUACGAAGGGGUGUGCAAUGCUUAUGAGGCAAUGAAGAAUGUGGCCAGCCUGAUCAAUGAGAGGAAAAGAAGACUGGAGAGUAUUGACACCAUUGCUCAUUGGCAGGUUGCCAUCUUAAACUGGGAGGGUGAGGACGUGUUAUCGCGGAGUUCAGAGCUGAUUCACUCGGGUGAGUUGACACGGGUGGUGCGGGCCGGGAAGACGCAGCAGCGGAGCUUUUUCCUGUUCGAUCAUCAGCUGGUGUUUUGCAAGAAAGAUAUCCUGCGUCGAGAUCUGCUGCACUACCGUGGCCGUCUGGACACAGACCACCUGGAGCCGCUAGAGCUGCCAGACGGACGGCACCCAGACUUGGGCACUCUGCGGAAUGCCUUCGCUCUGCGCCACACAGAGAACCUGGAGGUGCUGUGUGUGCUGUGCUGCAGGAAGCCCCAAGACAAGCAGCAGUGGCUGCAGGCAUUCGUCCGCGAGCGCAACCGUGUGAAGGAGGACCAGGAGAUAGGUAUGGAGAUUAGUGAAACACAAAGGAAGCAAGCGAUUCAAAACGCCAAAAAAUCAAAGCAAGGCAAACUGAAAAACAGUAUAAAUUACUCUGGCCAUCUUGUCCCUCUCCAUCACCAGCCUCUACACCCUCUCCACCAGCGCCAUGUUACUGUGCCAACCAGUAUCCCUCAGCAACAAGUUUUCUCGUUGGCGGAACCAAAGCGCAAACCCUCUCAACUGUGGUACACUCUUACGCGCACCGCCCUGUUUAGAAAAUGAAGCUGUGAAAGUCCACUUUUUGCUCUAAUGACAUGAAGACACCCCUCGGGCAGCUCUGGUGCCAAUGUGAAGAAACAAAGAGGAAGAAGGCAGCAAGUGAAUGAAGUAACUGAAGUGUGCAAGCAUGCAUGUGCGCGUGUGUGUGCGUAUUGUUAUGUAUAUGUAUGUAUGUUUGUCUUUUUAAGUGCCUGUAAGUACCCACUGAAUAUCCUCCAUUAAUGGACUUUUAGACUUUGUGUGAAGAGGACGAUACAGAUUCAGAGACAGAGACUGUAUGCCAGUCUUGGUGCCAAAAGUGUUUGUUCAUUUCUGAGGUUCUGUGUGUAGCUGAUGUUGUAAAGCUGCUGCUUGUUAUGAUUUUUCCCGUCCUGUUCACCGCAUUCAAACACAGCAAUGACAAUGAUGUAUAUUCAUCAAGCUUUGUGCUUUUAUUGUAUACUUUUAUCUCCUCAUGUAAGGCUGGACCCUUUUUAAAGUUAGACGUAUGUUUAGUUAACUUGGACAAUUACACUAAUAAAUAACCCUUUAUGAUAUGUAAAUAAACACUUUAUGUAUGAA